AUGAACGGCGACAGCGGCCCCAAACGAACUAUACAUAUCGAAGAGGGUCAGCAUUACCUUCUCGAGCCUGACGACGAGCUACCCCUUAAAUUACUCCGCAAUUUAGGCCAGGGUGGUUGCGCCAAUGUGGAGGAGGUCGUGGACCGACAUACCGGCAGGGUUUUCGCUCGCAAGGUCUUCGGAAUCCGCGGUUCUGCUACUGAGAGGAGGCGAAUAUUUGACAACGAGAUCAAAGUCAUCCGACGGCUAGCUCCACAUCGUCAUAUCACCCGGAUCUUUGCCACUUACGUAGAGAAACGUGAAGUAGGCAUUUUGCUGACACCUGUCGCUGAUGGUGGUUCGCUGGACAAAUUCCUUGAGGAUGCUCAUGAGGGUCUUCUUACACAGAGUGAGGUGGACACCUUGGACUAUUCUUUCGGGUGCCUCGCUAGCGGAUUGCAUUUCAUGCAUGCCCAGAAGGUACGACACAAAGACAUCAAACCUCACAACAUUCUGGUACACAAGGGCUCUUUCAUAUACACGGACUUUGGAUCCUCUCUCGACUACAGUACAGGUACGCGGAGUGACACUACAGGCCACCCCGAGUCCAUCACCCGCAAGUAUGCGGCCCCGGAGGUACCCCAAGAUGGCGAAGCAGCGUCGGCCUUAGCACGAGCCGCAGCGACUCACGACGACAUGAUGCGAUUUUUGAUCUCACCCGAGACAUCCGACGAGACAACACUAUCUGCACUGGCACCCUACGUUAUCAGAAAUCCUCGACCUUCUGUACAUGGUGAACCUGCCGCGGAUCUAGCAUUGCCGGAUGGCGAGUCUGAACAUAGAAAAACACCCAAGCCGCUUCCGAACCACGACCGUCGUAACCGCAAGAAAGAAAGUUACCACUUUGGAGAACUAUUCGGCGAGAAACGACCAAAAGAUGGGGGCUAG